AUGGAACCAAAUGAAAUUGAGGAGAGCCUAGUUGCAGCUGAAAUACUGGGGAGAGUGAAGGUCCACACUCGUAUUUACAACCGCAAAGUGAAGGGCAUGGUAGCACUAUGUACUUACUCCAAGGAAGCAGAUCUUGAUAAAGUACCCAAAGAGGUGCAAGUAGGAGCUAUCCCCUGGACAAUUCUGGGGGCAGAGCAGUCCCCUAGUAGUGUGCUCGUGUCACUUGAGAUGGAUUCUUUAGUGCAGGAAUUGCAAGCUCUGAUGGUGGAUGAGAAGCGGACAAGAGAGGAAUUAAUUUUGGCAUUAGGAGGGGCUCCAACACCCGCAGCAUUCAGCGUGGUGGGAUGGGCAAAAGAGCUGGGAAACGCUCUCAAAGAUGCAUUGAAGCCGGCAUAUGAAAGUGCUCCAUACAAGCGGUUACAUUCUUUCUCGGGGGUGUCACCUGUAUCCUCAGGGGAGGAUGAUUACGAGACCGGGAGGGAUUUUAUGGUGCCACUUGUCCAAGAGUGGGAAUGCUCUGAUGCUGAGAAGUGGAAACGUGUGCUUGAACGUCUGAGGGGACUUGCCCUGCAAAUUGUCCGAGCUCUGAAAGAUUCCCAACCAGCUGCCACAGUGCAAGACUAUUUAACCGCUCUUGAGAGUGUCUACGGUUCUAUUGAUAGCAGUGAUGACCUGUAUUAUUGUUUCUGCCAUACUUAUCAGGAGCCCCACAAACAAUUGUCGGAUUUCAUCAGGAGACUAGAGGAUUUGCUACAGCAGGUAGUGCGGAAGAAGGGAAUUCCCACCAAGUGCAUUGAUUCCGCUAGGUUAGACCAUAUCUGUCAGGGCACCCGACAAGAUGGGUUAAUGUUGUGGCAACUGCAACUGAGGGAGCAGGCCCAAAACCCACCCCCAUUCCUCAAGCUCGUUUGA